ACCCCAGCCUAACGAUGAGACAAGCCACCUACCGGGGCCACGCGUGAUCCGCGUUGCUUCUCUGUGCGGCUCUCCUCUCUCUGCAGAGGAGGCGUUGCGGCGGCGGAAAAGAAAACCGACGGGCGGAGAAGGAUGCAGUGGCGCUACUCCUCCUCCUGCUGCUGCUGCUGCCGCCGGCGGCGGUGGUGGUGGUCGCGGUCGCGGUGGUGGUGGUGGUGGUGCGUCACGCUCAGCGCUCUGCUGUACCACUCGCCCCACGUGCCGCCCGUCAGCUGCGCCAGCGUGCACGGCCGCACGGACCCCACGGUGUCGCCCGGGCAGCCACUGCUGGCGCCGUCCAGCCCCGAGGGGGGUCUCCGGGGGUCCAAGGCCCCGGCGACGGAGAGACCCCCGAGGGAGCUGCUGCCCCCUCCGAGGCUCCCCCGGGUCUCGGCGAUCGCUGCCAGUGCCCAGGCGGCGCAGCCGUGCGUCAGGCGGAAGCAGGCUGUGAUGCUGCCGUCGGGCCUCAGGGUGUGCCCUCAGCAGUCGCUCCAGGAGAUCAGGAAGACCCACCUCGCCCACUACAAGCUGCGCACGUGCCAGGACGCGGUGUGGGAGGCGUUCCGAGUGUUCUGGGACCGCGUGCCGGAGCGUGCCGAGUACCGCUCCUGGCUGGCGGCGUGCCUGCACGGCCGCACCGGCGCUGCGGGGAUCGGCGCCGCCUUCAGCGCCUCCGCCGAGCACGCGCAGUUUCUCGACAAGAUUUCUACAAUCCACGAGGAGCCACCCAGGGACGGCAAGGAGGUGGAGUGUGGACACAGGGACGCCUCCGCUCAGACGUCAGCAGGUGGCCUCCCGCAUCGAGCAGGAACUGCACGAGAAUCGCCUCCAUAUCUCACCGGGCCGCCCCCAGCUGCCCCCGAAGCCGGUAAACUCACGACACCGCCGCCGCCACCGGCGACCUUGACCGAAACCACGACCCCCCCGGGGGUCGCCGGCUCUGUCCUCUCGACCGCCGUGAGGGUCGUGACCUCCGCAUUUGCCGGGUUUUUCGCCACGACGAUACAAACGCCGACGGUGGUGGCGCCCGCCGGUGUUGGGAACGCCGGGACGCCAGCGCCGCCCGAGGUCACCGGUGCCGCAGCUGAACAGGGUGAUGCCGCGGCCGAAGAAGCUGAAGAGGGUGGUGCCGCCGCUGAAGAGCGUGGUAGUGCAGCUGAAGAGGGCGGUAGUGCGGCUGAAGGGAGCAGUAGUGCAGUUGAAGAGGGCGGUAGUGCAGCUGCCGAGGGCGGUAGUGCGGCUGAAGGGGGCGGUAGUGCAGAUGGAGAGGGCGGUAGUGCAGAUGAAGAGGGUAGUAGUGCAGCUGAAGAGGGCAGUAGUGCAGCUGAAGAGGGUGGUGCCGCAGCAGAAGAAUCUGAAGAGGGUGGUGCCGUAGCUGAAGAGGGCGGUGCUGUCGCUGAAGAGGGCGCAAGUACAGCUGAAGAGGGUGGUGCCACAGCUGAAGAGGGUGCUGUUACAGCUGAAGAGGGUGGUGCUACAGCUGAAGAGGGCAGUAGCACCGCUGAAGAGAUUCGUGCCGCAGCUGAAGAGAGUGGUUCCGCAGCUGAAGAGGGUGGUUCUGAAGCUGAGGGGAGUACUGUUGCUGAAGAGGGUGGUAGCGCCGUUGAAGAUGGUGUUAGUGUAGUUGGAGAGGGCAGUAGCGCUACUGAAGAGGUCGGUAGUGCAGCUGAAGAGGGUGGUAGCACCGCUGAAGAGGGAAAUAGUACACCUAAAGAGGGUGGUGCCACAGCUGAAGACGGCAGUAGCACAGCUGAAGAGGGCGGUAGUGCAGCUGAACAGGACAGUAGCGCAGCUGGAGAGGGCAGCAGCACAGUUGGAGAGGGUGGUACCGCAGCUGAACAGGGUGGUAGUGCAGCUGAAGAGGGCGUUAGUGCAGCUGAAGAGGGUGGCUCCGCAGCUGAUGAGGGCAGUAGUGCAGCUGAAGGCAGUAGUGUAGCUGAAGAGGGCAGUAGUGCAGCUGAAGAGGGCGGUAGUGCAUCUGAAGAGGGCAGUAGUACAGCUGAAGAGGGCGGUAAUGCAGCUGAAGAGGGCGGUAGCGCCAUUAAAGAGGGUGGUAGUGCGGCUGAAGAGGUCGGUAGUGCAUCUGAAGAGGGCAGUAGCGCAGCUGAAGAGGAUGGUAGUACAGCUGAAGAGGACGGUAGUGUAGCUGAAGAGGGCAGCAGCGCCGCUGAAGAAGGCGGUAUCGCAGGCGAGGCGUCGGUGUUGGGGAAGGGUGAUGUCGGUGGCAGUGGCAACGCCUCUUCCUCCAACGAGAUCAUCGGCAGCGCGGCCGGACCUGGCACGGAGCCGGCCCUUCCCAACGCCGUCCCGGAGCACCCCCUGGUGCAGGUGGUGGAGUUCAGCGUGCGCGUGACCCAGCCCGUGCCCUGCGUGGCUCCGCCCAACUCCAUGCAGCUCCACCGGAUCACCGAACAACUCCGACGCAAGAUGCUGCCCGUGUUUGAGAAGAUGCCCGGAUAUAAGAAGCUGCACGUCCUGGGUUUCCGGUGUGGCAGCAAGGUGGUGCACUACGCCACGGUCUUCCAGGGCGGUCGCCCCGGGCAACAGCAGCAGCAGCAGCAGACCAACAACAACAACAACGGGGAGGCCAAGCUCGUGGCUAUGGAGACCAACCAGGUGGAGGGUGCGGGUGGCAGCCUCCCUCCUCCACCUCCACCGCCGCUGUCGGCCAGCCCUCGUCCUGAAGCGGGCGACGAGCUCGGACCAGGAGGAGUGGGAGCAGGUGGAGGAGAUGGAGCAGCAGGCGGAGGGAAUCCAGGGUCGGCCGAUGGCGACUCCGGUGAUCGCCGUGGCCUUGAGGAGUUGGCCCACUCCGAGGAAGACCUGGGCGUUGAGGAGGAGCGGGAGGAGACCCACGAGUCCGAACGGGACGAGGACCUCGCUUUGGCUCCGGGAGCCAAGGGGGAACGAGGUGGAGAUUACCCCCGUGAGGAGCGGGAGGAGGAGGCCGGGUGGGCCAUGCCAGGGUCCAUCCAGGCUCUGCCGCAAAUGGUCUCGGACGCUCUGCACAGACAGCAGCGGCAACAGCAGCACCCCAAGGAGCAGCAGCUGACGGGAAUUGACCCCGACUCCUUCCAGCUAACGCGCGGUGCGUCCCGCUGCUUCCCGCUGGGCCCUGCUGGGCCCCGCUGGGCCCCGCUGGGCCCCGCUGGGCCCCGCUGCGUGGCGUGUGUGGAGUGUGUGGAGGAAUUCCUCACGGACCUCCCCGCGGACGCCAUCCACUACGACCUGCAGAUAUCCUCAGCCGCGGUGUUGGACGAGCGGGCGCCGUCGGCCGCCGCUCCGCCCCCAAGCGCGCCCGCGAGCAUCCCCGUGGCGCCAACGGUGCCCGCCUCUCGCUCGGAGGCGGCGGGCGAGGUGCGUACCGCAGGGACGCCGCUCUCCUCCGGAACCGGGACGACCGACGGUCCGCCGACUCGGGCCGCCGACACGACCACGACAGCGGCCAUCAAACCCGGCCCGCUCCUCUCCUCGCCGGACGGACGCGGCCUUGAAGGACCCCCCGAAGAGGCGCUCUUGACGGAGCACCUGAAGCUGCAGCAGGAGCAGAUCAGUCACCUGAAGCUGCAGCAGGAGCAGAUCAGUCACCUGAACCUGCAGCAGGAGCAGAUCAGUCACCUGAAGCUGCAGCAGGAGCAGAUCAGUCGCCUGAACUUGCAGCAGGAGCAGAUCAGUCACCUGAAGCUGCAGCAGGAGCAGAUCAGUCACCUGAACCUGCAGCAGGAGCAGAUCAGUCACCUGAACCUGCAGCAGGAGCAGAUCAGUCACCUGAAGCUGCAGCAGGAGCAGAUCAGUCACCUGAAGCUGCAGCAGGAGAAGAUCAGUCACCUGAAGCUGCAGCAGGAGCAGAUCAGUCACCUGAACCUGGAACAGGAUCACCUGAAGCUGCAGCAGGAGCAGAUCAGUCACCUAAACCUGCAGCAGGAGCAGAUCAGUCGCCUGAACCUGCAGCAGGAGCAGAUCAGUUGCCUGAACCUGCAGCAGGAGCAGAUCAGUCACCUGAACCUGCAGCAGGAGCAGAUCAGUCACCUGAACCUGCAGCAGGAGCAGAUCAGUCACCUGAACCUGCAGCAGGAGCAGAUCAGUCACCUGAACCUGCAGCAGGAGCAGGUCAGUCACCUGAACCUGCAGCAGGAGCAGAUCAGUCACCUGAACCUGCAGCAGGAGCAGAUCAGUCACCUGAACCUGCAGCAGGAGCAGAUCAGUCACCUGAAGAUGCAGCAGGAGCAGAUCAGUCACUUGAACCUGCAGCAGGAGCAGAUCAGUCACCUGAGCCUGCAGCAGGAGCAGAUCAGUCACCUGAACCUGCAGCAGGAGCAGAUCAGUCGCCUGAACCUGCAGCAGGAGCAGAUCAGUCGCCUGAACCUGCAGCAGGAGCAGAUCAGUCACCUGAACCUGCAGCAGGAGCAGAUCAGUCACCUGAACCUGCAGCAGGAGCAGAUCAGUCACCUGAACCUGCAGCAGGAGCAGAUCAGUCGCCUGAACUUGCAGCAGGAGCAGAUCAGUCACCUGAAGCUGCAGCAGGAGCAGAUCAGUCACCUGAACCUGCAGCAGGAGCAGAUCAGUCACCUGAAGCUGCAGCAGGAGCAGAUCAGUCACCUGAAGCUGCAGCAGGAGAAGAUCAGUCACCUGAAGCUGCAGCAGGAGCAGAUCAGUCACCUGAACCUGGAACAGGAUCACCUGCACCUGCAGCAGGAGCAGAUCAGUCACCUGAAGCUGCAGCAGGAGCAGAUCAGUCACCUGAACCUGCAGCAGGAGCAGAUCAGUCUCCUAAACCUGCAGCAGGAGCAGAUCAGUCGCCUGAACCUGCAGCAGGAGCAGAUCAGUCGCCUGAACCUGCAGCAGGAGCAGAUCAGUCACCUGAACCUGCAGCAGGAGCAGGUCAGUCACCUGAACCUGCAGCAGGAGCAGAUCAGUCACCUGAACCUGCAGCAGGAGCAGAUCAGUCACCUGAACCUGCAGCAGGAGCAGAUCAGUCACCUGAAGAUGCAGCAGGAGCAGAUCAGUCACCUGAACCUGCAGCAGGAGCAGAUCAGUCACCUGAGCCUGCAGCAGGAGCAGAUCAGUCACCUGAACCUGCAGCAGGAGCAGAUCAGUCGCCUGAACCUGCAGCAGGAGCAGAUCAGUCACCUGAACCUGCAGCAGGAGCAGAUCAGUCACCUGAACCUGCAGUUGCAGAAGGAGGACACGAGUCACCUGAAUCUGAACCUGCAGCUGAAACAGGAGUAG